CCAUGGCUUUGCGAGAAAGAAACUCAAUUUGUUUUCUCUGCCAAGAAUUCCGCCAUGCGUAUUCCUUUGGGAUGUGCUGUUGCUUCUUCCUUGGGUACCUUCUGUUCACAUUGGUCGUGUUGGGGUUGGCUACAUUGAUUAUUAUCUUCAUCUUGAAGCCUCGAAAGCCCAUUUUCUCUCUCCAAGCUGUUAACCUGGAUUCAUAUAAACUUGAUGUCUAUUCAGGCUCAACGUUGUUUGUCUCAUCAGUUGUUUCUCUGACCCUGAAUGCCCAAAAUCCAAACAAGGUUGGCAUAAGAUACAGCCCUUCACGCCUCCAUGUUCUAAAUGAAGGACUAGUGAUAGGAAUGAUCCGAGUUCCUGGGUUCUAUCAGCCUGCAAGCAGCAACAAUGUAAGCCUGCAAAUGAGGGGUUUCUUUCAGUGCGUGAAUAUUAGCCGAAUCCUGUCUGGGGUUUCACCGCAAGAUGACAUGACAAACACUAGCAUUUUUCAAUUGAGACUAUUUGGUGAUAUUACAGCUCGGUUGCAUGUAUUUCAUUUCAAUUUGCCAAAGAUAAAGGUGGCCAUGGACUGUGAUAUAGAUAUUGACUAUAGGCAGCUUACGUUCAGCAAUGAAAUUUCCAGCAUGAGAGGGGUUCUGGGUCAUAUUGUAUGUAUUGCAUAUAAUUUUCCUAUCAGCUCCCAAACAUUUGCGAAGAAGUGCUCGAUGGCUGUUUACAUAUAACAAGGUACGGUUAAUGAAUGGCAACGUUAGAAUAUACCAAUACAGUUAGUGUAUGUUGUCGUGGUUUGGUUUUGCAGGUAAGAAAUAUGUUGUAAGCAUGUGUUUAAUCAGUUCCAUCUAGAUCGAGCUGCCCAGGAAGCUGUUGGACUUGUUCAUCAGCGGCAUAAUGCAUCUGUAAUUGUUUUUUGUCAACACUAGUUUG